GACAGUGCACGGGGGCCACAGCGAACAGUCCUCGGGAGGUGCGCAGCCCUGGGGCUCUUGGCCACAGGGGCCGGCGCAGCAGUAUUGGCAAGGUGGCGAUUGGUGGAGCAGCGGAGCACAAGGGGGAGGGGCCCACGCCAGCGGCCACUCUUACGGCUAUUGGGGCGGCGGUGGCGACGGUGGUUGGGCAGGACCCUCCUGGCAUGGCCACUGGGAUGCGAACUCCUGGGGCACCUCUGCGAGCCCCCUCGCGCUUUCCGACGGCUCCUACUACAGCGACACCGAUGAGGACUCCUUGUCGGCGAUGUCGGAUGCCCAUUGGGGCGAUCACUCCGGAGGAGGCGGGCAGACCUGGCCUUCGCGCGGGUGA